CGACAAACUCCGCAAAGCAUCACGGGAACAUGUGCGGUCAAGAUGGCGGCGCCCUUCAAUAGAGUUUAUCGACCAUUGUGGAGAAUAAUAACUACAACUACAUUAAACAAAGUCGUGCGAAAUGUUUCGUCCACAAGGCGACAGUGGUCUGCGGGUGUCGCGUCUCCGUGGGCGCUGCACGGAGCCGUUUGUCUGCAGCGGCUGCCUGUGGUCUCUCAAGACAGGAGCCCUAUUGAGGAGAGCUUCAUAGAGCUUAUGCGCCAGAUGGAGUUAGAGAGAAGUCUGCUUUCGGACCAUGAGCUGAGGCUGCUGGAGGACGCUGCACGGAUGAGCCGGAAACAAGAAGAGGAUUAUGAUUCAGAUGAGGAGGAGGAGGAUUAUAGAGACAAAGAAAUUGUCACAGCCCAAGAUCUGGAAGAUAUUUGGGAACAAAAACUGAAGCAGUUUCAACCAGCUCCGAGGUCUCAAGGUGUUGACGAGAAAGACGUGAGCUCUUCAGAGCGUUGUUUAGCAGAAAGCCUGAUCUUGCUGGUGGAGAAGGAUGUUGGCAGUCAAAAGCUUUGGCUCCUGCCUCAGAUACAGUGGCAGACGGGAGAGACACUUCGACAGACGGCCGAACGUGCUCUUGCAAGUCUUCCAGGUGCUGAUCUAAAGGCCACUUUCCUUGGCAAUGCACCCUGUGGAUUUUACAAAUAUAAAUACCCAAAGGACAUUCAGAAAGAGGGCGGUGUUGGAGCCAAGGUGUUUUUCUUCAAAGCGGUGCUAUCCAGCCAUAAGCACUUACCUCUGGAGAAGAAAUCAUUUGCCUGGGUAAAAAAGGAUGAACUCCAGGACUUCCUGAAGCCAGAGUACCUAAAACAAGUCAGACGCUUCAUUAUGGCUCUGUAAUAUGGGAAGACAUGGACAUGAUGGAGAAUGUGUUGGAAAACAGAACGCAAGUUUAUGCUUUUCAUAUAGCAUAACCCUAUUCCAUCAUAUGAUGGCAAUAUAAGUGAUGUUCAGAUUGUCAUAUAGAUACACUCUAUUGUCAUUUGCCAUGCAUUUGUAUAUUUAUCCUGCUUGUGACUGGAAAACUAUUUGACGAUUAAUGCAAUAUUAAAAAGGUCGGUUUUUGACUUCAAUAGCAUGUGAUCUUGUUGUGGAGAAAAGUCUCUGUCUUGCAAAAUAAUGCUCAGGAGGCAGAGUUUCAGAAGUCAAAAUUAGACUAUUGCAAGAAGAUAACAAAGCCGAGAUAACUGCAGAACAUCUGAAUAUUUCCUUGUCCAGGAUACCAUCUUUAUACAAUUUUGUUAUCGGUCGCUGUCCAAUGAGUGUAGAGACCACUUGUUGAUGUGUCAUUCCCAGUAUUUUUCCACAGUUGUUUAUUAGUUUUCAUAAUGCUUAAUUUCAUUGUAGAAAAACACCUGCUAGUCUGUUUUUCAAAAGAACUUCUCUUAUCUACCACUUUCCAGGUGCUCAAGGUUACAUUUUAGGAUUGCUGUACACACAUUAACUUUUUCCACACUAUCUCAUCCUGUGGCAUCUCCCAUCUUUGGUACUUCCUUCUGUAUUCUCUGUUCAUAAGCACAGUCACGCAGGCCAUGAGGCCUACACAGUCAGUUAGUUUGGCCUUGAAGCCUUCAAAAUGCACCCAGCGCACAUAUGAGGCGGUCUAACUUUCACAAACAUCAUGCAAAGUAUCUUCUUCAAUUGUUUUCUAUAAGAAAAAUAAAAUAUUUCCUCAAUCUCA